AUGGAGACGUGUCCUCAGGUGAAGCUGUGUGGCUUCCUGCUGAAGCAGGGCGGACCUCUGCGAGCCUGGAAGCAGCGCUGGUUCACCUACGAGGAGAAGAAGAAUCAGCUGUUCUACUACCGCACGCCGCAGGACGUGAUGCCGCUCGGCCGCGUGGAGCUCAGCGGAGCCACAUACACCUACCCUCUGAAAGCUGAGCGGGGAACCUUCCACAUCCAGACGCCUGAACGCACCUUCAUACUAAAGGCUGUGACUCAGGAGCUGAUGAUGUUCUGGCUGCAACAGCUGCAACUCAAACGCUGGCAGCACCGACUGAUGAGUGGCUGUCCUGAUCCAACAAACAACAACACUACAGACGACUUCCUGCCGGUGUUGCAGAGUCCGCUGGGUCUGGUGGGGGAGGAGGCGGCUAACACACCGUUACCAUGGAAACCGCUCAGCAACAUGUCAAUCAAACAUCCGCUCAUCGAGAUCCAAAACUCCGUCCACAGUCUUCGUAAGAGAUCGUCUCAGGAGUGGAGUCAGAGUGUGUUUCAUGUGGAGGCUCCACUGUGGACCCCCCCACCGGCCCCCCCGGCCCCCUCGGCCCCCCCGACCCCCCCGGCCCCUGCAGACCCCCCCACUCACCUCCCAUCAGCUGAUCCGGCUCGUUGCCCCCCCCCGGUGGCGGUCGGCCCUCGGAGCAGGAAGAUGAAGAGUCGCAGCUCGUCCACCUUGCCGGUCCUCCGCAGAGACGCUGCGUCAUCGUCCCGCCUGCAGCAGGAGAAACACAUGCUGAUGGAGGAGGUCAAGUCUCAGAAGGAGCUGGUGUGGCUCCUGCACAAAGCCUUGGAGGCGGCUCAGCUGGAGAAGCGAACCUGCGCUGAGUUCCUGGCGGUGGAAGGCGAGCAGGAGCGUCUGGAGCUGCUGCGGCACCGCGAGCGUCAGGCGGCCGACCUGCGAGGCCGACUGGAGGAGGCGAAGGAAGCAGCGGAGCGGAGCAGCAGGAGUCUGACGCAGAGAGACGCUCAGCUGGCCGAGCUGCAGAACAACAUCAAGACGCUGAAGGAGAAGAACGACGCCAAGCAGGAGGUGAUCAUCAAGCUGUCUGAUCAGGUGACCGCCUGCAUGUCAGACCCGCGUCUCUCCACCUGGACCGGCGGGGGGGGUCCGGACUCUCAGACCUUCAAACAGCUUCAGCAGCAGAUCGAGAACCUCAAGGACGACGUGGAGGCGUAUAAGACUCAGAACAAGUUUCUGAACUCUGAGAUUUACCAGCUGACCAAACUGUGGAGGAACAGCUCCGAGCAGGAGAAGAGUCUCAUGGUGAAGUGUGCCUACCUGGAGGCAGGUAACUGCCGGGUGGAGAGCCGCUACCUGGGCCUCCUGAGGAAGCUGCAGGACCACAAAGCUCUGGACCCGGUCCAGCAGGGGGCCGUGCAGAAGAUGGUCGAGGACGCUCUGAAAGGGGAAGUGAAGAGCGUCGUCAAGCAGAACACUAACAGGGACCACGAUGAGUACGGAUUCAAAAUCAUCCCAGACUACGAGGUGGAGGACAUGAAGCUGCUCGCUAAGAUCCAGGCGCUGGAGAUCCGCUCACACAACCUGCUGCACCAGGAGGGGGUGGAGCGCCCCCUGCUGAGUCGCUGGGCUCAGUACCUCGCCGGGAGGUCCGAUGAUGACCUUUGCCCUUCCCCGGAGCUCAAAGGUCUGCUGCGUGGCGGAGUCCCUCGGGAGUACCGGCAGCAGGUGUGGCGCUGGGUGGUCCGAGCCAGGACCAGGACCGUGAGAGACCGCCACCCACAGCGAUACCAACAGCUGUGUGAGAAGAGUCGGACGUCUCCUCAUCCCGCCUCCAGACAGAUCCAACUGGACCUCCACCGCACCCUGACCACCAAUCAGCACUUCUCCUCACCGUCAAGCCCCGCCCUCCAGCAGCUUCAACGCAUCCUAUUGGCCUUCUCCUGGCAGAACCCUGCCAUUGGCUACUGCCAGGGACUCAACAGGCUGGCGGCCAUCGCUCUGCUGGUCCUCCAGAGUGAGGAAGAUGCGUUCUGGUGUCUGGUGUGUGUGGUGGAAACCAUCAUGCCUCAGGAUUACUACACCAAGGACCUGGUGGCCUCUCAGGCGGAUCAGCGGGUGCUGAAGGACUUCCUGUCAGAGAAGCUUCCUCGGCUUGCGUCUCACUUUGAUGAUCACAACAUCGACGUCUCUCUGAUCACCUUCAACUGGUUCCUGGUGGUUUAUGUGGAGAGUCUGCCCAGCGACAUCCUGCUGCCCCUGUGGGACGCCUUCCUGUACGAGGGCACCAAGGUGAUGUUCAGGUACGCUCUGGCUCUGCUGAAAUACAAAGAAGACGACAUCCUGAAGAUCCAGGACAGCGUGGAGAUCUAUCAGUACCUGCGUUUCUUCACUAAGACCAUCUCAGACGGCAGGAAGUUGAGCAGCAUCGCCUUCACCGUGAUGAACCCGUUCCCCGGCCGCCUGCUGAGGAACCGGCGCGCGCUGCACCUGGAGCGCCUGCAGGGGGAGCUGCAGGACCUGCAGGAGCAGCAGAGAGCCUUCGUUACCGAGAGCAACGAGCGCAAAGACAAAGACCUGGACGCCGGCGUCAGCGAGGACGACGACGAGCUGUGAUGGCUGGAACAGGAAGUAGGACGGGACAGUCUGACAGGAAGUAGGACGGGACAGUCUGACAGGAAGUAGGACGGGACAGUCUGACAGGAAGUAGG